AUGUUGACAACGAAUGGUUCAAAUCAAAUGAUGGUUGAUAUGAAGGAUACAACUUAUUGCACCAGAUACAAACAAUGCCCUAGAGAGGCAACGAAUAAAACAAUCAUAGAUGAUGGAACGUUUGGAGCAUGUCAUGUUCGAUCAAGAUGUUUGACAAUAGCUGUAAAUAUUGUUAAUAAUUGGUCCAUUGAGCUAGAUGAUACCUCAGUUAAUGCAAAAAUAUUUGCUACAGAACCAACAAUAUCUUUAGGAUUAUGGACUUUAUCGUAUGAAUGGGCUAAAUCAACAAAAGAUAUAAUUUGUAUAUCCAAUGAUUCUUCAAAAACAUAUUCUAUCCCAGUUUGUAAUUUACAAUCGAUUACAAAAGCCGAUUUAAAUAAAUAUAAAAAUAAAAAGUGGACAACAUUUAAUUAA